CCUAAUGUGUUGUGUGGCUGUGUCUCCAACAGAAAAUGAUCCACAGUCUGUUUCUUAUAAACUGUUCUGGGGAUAUCUUCUUGGAGAAGCACUGGAAGAGCGCGGUCAGCCAAUCUGUGUGUGAUUAUUUCUUUGAAGCCCAGGAGAGAGCGGCCGACGUGGAAAAUGUCCCGCCCAUCAUCCCCACGCCUCACCACUAUCUCAUCAGCAUCUAUCGGGACAAAAUCUUUUUUGUGUCUGUCAUUCAGACCGAGGUGCCGCCUCUCUUUGUCAUCGAGUUCCUUCACCGGGUGGCUGACACCUUCCAGGAUUACUUUGGAGAAUGUUCUGAGACGGCCAUUAAGGAUAAUGUCGUCAUUGUCUAUGAGCUUCUGGAAGAGAUGCUGGACAACGGGUUUCCUCUGGCAACAGAAUCCAACAUCCUGAAAGAGCUCAUCAAACCUCCCACCAUCCUGCGUUCCGUUGUUAACUCCAUCACAGGCAGCAGCAAUGUGGGUGACACUCUUCCGACGGGCCAGCUCUCGAACAUUCCCUGGCGGAGAGCGGGGGUGAAGUACACCAACAACGAGGCCUAUUUUGACGUGGUGGAAGAAAUUGAUGCCAUCAUUGACAAAUCCGGCUCCACUGUCUUUGCCGAAAUCCAGGGGGUCAUCGAUGCCUGCAUCAAACUCUCAGGGAUGCCUGACCUCUCGCUCUCUUUCAUGAACCCACGGCUUCUCGAUGACGUGAGCUUCCAUCCCUGCAUUCGGUUCAAGCGCUGGGAGUCGGAAAGAGUCCUCUCUUUCAUCCCACCGGAUGGAAACUUCAGACUGAUUUCCUAUCGGGUCAGCUCACAAAAUUUGGUGGCCAUUCCUGUGUACGUGAAACACACCAUCACUUUCAAAGAGAACUGCUCUUGUGGAAAGUUUGAUGUCACGAUUGGACCGAAACAGAACAUGGGGAAGAUGGUGGAAGGAGUUGUCAUGACAGUCCACAUGCCAAAAGCAGUGCUCAACAUGAACCUGACGGCUUCCCAAGGGAACUACACUUUUGAUCCCGUCACGAAGGUGCUGACGUGGGACGUGGGCAAGAUCGCCGUUCAGAAGUUGCCCAGCCUUAAAGGGAUGGUGAACUUGCAGUCCGGAGCCCCCAAACCAGAAGAGAACCCCAGCCUGAAUAUCCAGUUCAAGAUCCAACAGCUGGCCAUCUCAGGACUGAAAGUCAACCGCCUCGACAUGUACGGAGAGAAGUACAAGCCUUUCAAGGGUGUGAAAUACAUUACAAAAGCGGGGAAAUUCCAAGUCCGAACUUGAGGCACAUGAUCCCUGCUUUCUUGGUAGAAAAUGGAGUUUGUGGAGGUUUUUUUUUUAAUAUGUUGAAGGGCAAACGUGAUUAUGUAGCGAUACACUUGUAGAUGCCAACUGAAUGAUGACUCUUGAUUUGGCUCGUCCCUGUUCACUGUACCCCCCCCCCUCCCACGAAAUCAGCUGGUGGUUGGAUACGUCUCAGUGUCUGGCUUUGAACUAGGGUUGUGCUUCCUGUAGCCCCAUUUCCUUUCUGUGGCUCCUCGGGCUCCCAAAGUCGUCACGACACCCCCCAGGAAUGUCCAUAGAGCCAGCUAAUACUGUACACUGCCAAGCAACAUACCAAAGCACAAGAAAGGGGCAGAAUAUUCUAGCAAACGGCUCCUUCAGUCAGCGCUGCAGAAGACAUGAGAGCUCAGAGCCUGGGAGAAGUUGGCUCUCCUUGCAAGGUCUUGUGGGAGAGAGAGAGAGAGAGAAAGAGGCUCCCUGCACUGUUUACAAUACGCUGCCUUCUAAGCCAAAGUGUUGGCCUUAUCUGCUUCCCUCUUGUGUGUUCAGCAGACAAUCGGAAGCCAAUGUUUGUUUGUCCACCGACUCGCUUUUUUCUUGGCGGGCGCAAAACGGUAUCGAAGUGGGCUUGGAUUUUGCUGGUUCCCCCAACUUUACAAGUGUCUCUUCUCACGCCCACCAUUGUGUCUCUGUGCCGUGCAUACCUCAAAAGUAGCUUACACUAGUUUGCACAGGUUUCUGUUAACUGGUUUGUAAUGAAAUAAAAGGAAACUCUGCUGGAA